GCGGAGAUUAAAGAACUUAAAGAACAGGGUAAAAAAGAAGCCCAAGCGCAAUCACAAGCGCCAACGUCACUUGCGGAGAAAUAUGUGGCGGUGCUGUGGCGGUUGCUGCCGCAACAAAACAUAAACAUCUCCAAUGUCUUCGAACAACUUCUAACGUCUAUACUGCCCACCAUGUUGCUCGACGAGGACCCUGCGACGCUCAUCCACCACACUAUUGGCAAUUUCAACAUCCAUCCGGAUAAACAGGCCGUCACGCGCAUUAAUGACUCGCUCGCCACACUCCAACAAUCGCGCGACCUACGCAUUCGCGAAGCAGAGUCCUCUCUGCGAAAACUAUCACGCAAUCUACACUCCCUGACCACACACCAUGAAGAGGCCGUUGCCGUCCAUGACUCGGGUAAACACGCUGCCGAGAUCGUCGAGCUUGACACAAAGAAGUUCCGGAUUGCAAAGGCUGCCUCAGAGCUAGAAAUCGAGAGCGAGCGCCUUGAAAGUGAACUCGAAAUGCUCAAGGAGAGAUUGGCAGACCUAGAGGCGCAAGGUCUGGAGGGUGAUGAGGCUACACGCCGGGAACGUGAAAUGGAUGAUGCGACGAUUCUACGACUAAAGAUCUUCCGUUCGCUCGGUAUCGAUAUUGAGCCUGACGAGGCGGGCAAUUUCAACCGCGCCGUGAUUCGCAAUAGUCGCAAGGGCGAUGUACAUGUCGUUAACAUCGACCCGAAGUUCUCGAGAUUCUUCUACUCGAACUAUUUCUGGCAGACAGUGCAAGGAUAA